GCGGGUGGAACCUAGGCCGGAGGGGUCCCGCCCCUGGCCCCUGGCCCGCCCCGCCCGCCUCACUUUGCUUCUCGCUCCGCCCCUCCCCCGCCCCGCCUCGCUUCCAGCGCGCCGAGCGGAGCCGAACGCCGGGUCCUCUAGGAACCUCGGGCCGGGCAGCACCCGCGGGGUUCUGCUGGCGUCCUCCGCUGCCAUGAAGCGGGACCGGCUGGGCCGCUUCCUGUCCCCUGGGGCGGCCCGGCAGCGCGGGGCCUCGGACGGCGGCGGCGGCGGCCGGGCUCGGGGCCGCCCUUCCCUCAGCGGCGGGCCGAGGGUGGACGGGGCGACGGCGCGGCGCGCCUGGGGCCCAGUGGGGUCCUGCGGGGACGCGGGCGAGGACGGCGCGGACGAGGCAGGAGCAGGCCAGGCUCUCGCCAUGGGUCACUGUCGCCUCUGCCACGGGAAGUUUUCCUCGAGAAGCCUGCGCAGCAUCUCCGAGAGGGCGCCUGGAGCGAGCAUGGAGAGGCCAUCCGCAGAGGAGCGCGUGCUCGUCAGGGACUUCCAGCGCCUGCUGGGUGUGGCUGUCCGCCAGGACCCCACCUUGUCUCCGUUUGUCUGCAAGAACUGCCAUGCUCAGUUCUACCAGUGCCACAGCCUUCUCAAGUCCUUCCUGCAGAGGGUCAACGUCUCCCCGGCUGGUCGCCGGAAGCCUUGUGCAAAGGUCGGUGCCCAGCCCCCAACAGGGGCAGAGGAGGGAGCGUGUCUGGUGGAUCUGAUCACGUCAAGCCCCCAGUGCCUGCACGGCUUGGUGGGGUGGGUGCACGGACAUGCGGCUAGCUGCAGGGCCCUGCCCCACCUUCAGAGGACACUGUCCUCCGAGUACUGCGGUGUCAUCCAGGUCGUGUGGGGCUGCGACCAGGGCCACGACUACACCAUGGACACCAGCUCCAGCUGCAAGGCCUUCUUGCUGGACAGUGCGCUGGCAGUCAAGUGGCCAUGGGACAAAGAGACGGCGCCACGGCUGCCCCAGCACCGAGGGUGGAACCCUGGGGAUGCCCCUCAGACCUCCCAGGGUAGAGGGACAGGGACCCCAGUUGGGGCUGAGACCAAGACCCUGCCCAGCACGGAUGUGGCCCAGCCUCCUUCGGACAGCGACAUGGUGGGGCCCAGGUCGGGCUUCCCACCUCAGCCAAGCCUGCCCCUUUGCAGGGCCCCAGGGCAGUUGGGUGAGAAGCAGGUUCCAUCUUCAACCUCGGAUGAUCGGGUAAAAGACGAGUUCAGUGACCUUUCUGAGGGAGACGUCUUGAGUGAAGAUGAAAAUGACAAGAAGCAAAAUGCCCAGUCUUCGGACGAGUCCUUUGAGCCUUACCCAGAAAGGAAGGUCUCUGGUAAGAAGAGUGAAAGCAAAGAAGCCAAGAAAUCUGAAGAACCAAGAAUUCGGAAGAAGCCGGGACCCAAGCCCGGAUGGAAGAAGAAGCUUCGUUGUGAGAGGGAGGAGCUUCCCACCAUCUACAAGUGUCCUUACCAGGGCUGCACAGCCGUGUAUCGAGGCGCUGACGGCAUGAAGAAGCACAUCAAGGAGCACCAUGAGGAGGUCCGGGAGCGGCCCUGCCCCCAUCCUGGCUGCAACAAGGUUUUCAUGAUUGAUCGCUACCUGCAGCGCCACGUGAAGCUCAUCCACACAGAGGUGCGGAACUACAUCUGUGACGAGUGUGGACAAACCUUCAAGCAGCGGAAGCACCUUCUCGUCCACCAAAUGCGACAUUCGGGAGCCAAGCCUUUGCAGUGUGAGGUCUGUGGGUUCCAGUGCAGGCAGCGGGCAUCCCUCAAGUACCACAUGACCAAACACAAGGCUGAGACGGAGCUGGACUUUGCCUGUGACCAGUGUGGCCGGCGGUUUGAGAAGGCCCACAACCUCAACGUACACAUGUCCAUGGUGCACCCGCUGACACAGACCCAGGACAAGGCCCUGCCCCUGGAGGCGGAACCACCACCUGGGCCACCGAGCCCCUCUGUGACCACAGAGGGCCAGGCGGUGAAGCCCGAACCCACCUGAGGACGGCAGUGAGGAUGAGCACCUCUAGCAGCCCGGACUCCGCAGAGGCUGUCAGCCUCACCCUUCGUGUGCACCCGCAUGGGAGGGUCAGAGGGUGCUGCCCGCCCUCAGUGCUGGAGGCGGGCUUGGUGUACGGCUCAAGUAGCCUUCCUCUGCUCUGGGACCAGUGGUUUAUUUUCCUGCAAAUGCUGAGUGACCUGGGGCCAGACAGUUUAUAAAUAAUUGAUUCCUUUCCCCACUAAAGCAAUCGAGGAGAUUUGUAAUCCACUUUUUAGUGCAACAAGAGCUCCAUGUUAUGCUUGUAAUAAAUUAUUUACACAGGAGCUGGGCUGGUGUGCAGUGGCAGGUCCUGUCAGAAGAGAUGAGGCUCCUGGUACAGGUCAGCGUCAGGGGCAGCCUGCUGUCUGCUCUGGAGGGCGGCGCUCACCUCUGGGUCACAGUCCCCAUGAUCAGCCAGCAGCUGUGAGAGAGGAGCAGGUACUCAGCCCAUGCCGUCCACUAGGCCUCAGACCACAGGGGAGGGGCUCUGGCAGAACAGUGGAGUUGCACUGCCAGCCAGGUGGGCACAUGGCCCAGGCAGCUGUCAAUUCUCAUGUCCCCCACGUGUCCCAAGGUGGAUAUCUUGACGUUACCUCUGCCAUGUGUGAGAAGCUCUUUUUCGGGCACCGAGGUAUUAACUGCAGCAGAAAAAGACGAGCUUUUGUUAUCAGUUCCACGGGGUUGUCCUAGAGAGAAAACAGGCAAACUCACAGGUUAGAAGACAUACUGAAACAGGGCUGGUGUGUCCCCCAUAGUCUGCAUGCUGUGCCGGAACAUUCUUUGGCAGAAGCAGCCUCAGGCUGGGGGGAGCUCCCCUGGAGAUGGGACUGGCCCUUGCACCUGCCUGACCCUGGAGCUCCAGUCUCCUGCCAGCUGGAGGUGAAACUGUGCUUGUAUCCCCAGCCAUGAAGAGCUGGACCAGCUUCAGGUACAUGUCGACAGCAACAUGCAGGAAGGCCUCUUCCCUGAUGGCCCCGUCUUCAUGGAAGUAGGAGAGAAGACUAGAGGUAAAGACAUAGUGACAAAUGGCUACAGACUGCUGGAAAGGUAGCAGGUGAUGCCAAGGGAUACUGCUCAUCUGUGGAGCAGAGGCACAGGCAACCCUUCCCAUCUGGCGGGACCCAGAGGUGCUAAGAUGGGGGUCUGGGAAACACUGCCCCAGCCCUGACAAGCCCUGUGGGUGAAGGUACCUGUAGAAAGCGAAAGGCAGCAGCCUGGUGUGCUGAUCCGCGGCCACGCGGAGGAGGAGCCGCCCCAGCAUGAGGUCUGCAACACCAAGAGGCAGCUCAGGCAACUCUGGACAUCUCUGUCUAUUAUCAGUGCUAGGGACACCCCUGGGGGUCGGGACGUGUACCCUGGGAGGUCUGGCUGUGGGGAUAGUAUAGGGCGAACAGCCUGAGCUGAGGAUACCCGGGUACCUGUCGGCAGCUGGGAGAGGAUGGGGGGGUCGCCCUCUCGCAGGAGGGUGGGUGUGGUACAGACAGAGGCAGUCCCCACGAUAGGCCCAUUGGUCCUGGGGUUGACCCGUGAGCCAAUAAAUUAUCUUAUUGCUUUAAACAA